GGUGGAUGCCGACGGGUCCAAUUUAUACCUCCAGAAAGUGGAUAUUAUUUCAAGGACCACGUGUUCUUAAAUCUUUCAAUUGGAAUAUACGCAUCGUGCGAGCAUCGAUGCGUCAUGGAGAGUGAAUGUGUGUCCAUCAAUGUUGGUCCACCAAUAAACGACAAAGUGAUAUGUGAGUUAAGUAACUCUGAUCAUUGGCAUCACCCUGAAGAUCUUCAACCAAGACACGGCUGGACAUAUAGAGGAGCAGAGGUAAUUGAGUUCAAGGUCGUGUCGUGAUGCUGUUUUUGCUAGCACGUGUGGUGAUAUUUAACAAUUAAUGGACGAGGUUGAGCAAAAUAUCGUGAUCUGUCAGUGGCGAGCAGAUCAAUUAUUUGCCAAGCCGAAGGCUGAGGCAAAAAAUAGGCCACUUUCGAGUUCCAAAAACCCCCACUUUCAAAAUGAGGCCAAAUGUACAACUUUUCUUGUGACAAUGAGUAAUUUUGCAUGAGAAUGAAAAAUCAUUGCCAUAUCAAAGGCUGAGCCCUCGUUUUGAUACAGAGGCUCGGGGGAACUCGGAAAUGGCCUAUUCAUUUUGAUCUAGGAGACACUGGCAAAUAACGCUAUUUUGCGAUAACCGAGUUCAAUAAUUGUUUUAUCAUUCGAUCACCAAAUUUGUUUUUUUAAUAUCUUCGGGAAGCGGAGCGAUCUGCCAUUUCUCACGUAAGAGCGAUCGCAAGAAGGAGAAAACCAUGGUUUCGUUUACGCAUGAGCAGAAUUUUCUUUGUACCCCGGGUACCGGAGUGUUGUUUAUCGCGUGCGACGAGAAGCUUCGUUGGCCGGAGGCCGACACAUCUUCGGCCAAAACCGGAAACCGCGCAUGAAAAGCCUCUGGGAACCAGUGUAUAUUAUUUGCAAAGCCAAACACAGUUAGCCGACAUUGCACAUGAGCAGACCUUUAUUUGUCGGCAGUUAUUUGUAGGUCACGUGGUGGGCUUUCGGCCAAUGAAAAGGAGGAAAAUUUGUAUCCAAUGAUAAUAAGUUUAACGGCUAUUAAAGGGGCUAUGUCAAGCCAUUUGCUAUCACUUUAAAAAGCUAAAACUUUUUUUCACGUCAACUGAAUUCAUAGAAAAAUUAAUCGCCAGAAUACUAUAAUUAGGGAGCUUAAGUAUGGCGUUCCGUUGCGGACAAAAUUAUACCGAUAGUAAAAACAUGUUGAAAACAUAACACUUAAGUCGAAACUUGUAAGGUACAUCGAAUGCAAUAAAAAGCAUGAGUCGAGAUUUGCAAAAUAUAUGUUCAUCAACGAAAAAAAAAAAACACGAGUCAAAAUUUUGAAAUUUGAGUCGAAAAAAAUAUGCGAGUCGAUUUGAAAAAAAAAAAACUCGAGUCGAGAAAGAGAGAACGCUGACCAGUUGUGAUAUCAAUCGAUGUCUUCACUUCACCGAGACGAGGUUUCGAUCCAAAGUAGUGGUUUGUUGGCUACCAAAUAUUGCAGAGUUUUUCUUCUCCCUUGCUAGACUUAUCGAGGAUUUGGAAAGCCAGCUUAGUUCAGCUUCAUAUGACAGUUGAGAAUUCUUAUGAUACAAAUAACAAAGCCAACACAUAACCUGUCACGCAAGGACCGACAAGCAUUAAAAGAAUUACAGCAAAAUACUGGCGCGCGGCAUCGACAUCAAGCGGACAAGGGAAUCACUACAGUAGACACGAACAAAACUGACAAAAUAAGAGAAGGUCAAAUACAAAUCGACGACGAACAUAACUACAAACCUCUCGUUGAACCAAUGUUGUAAGAAACUUAAAGCAAGGUCAAGCGCCUAAUUAAUUACGGAAAACAUAAUGAUGAAAUGACGAGAUAAUGGCAAAUCUCAAACACCCAAUCCACCUAGAAUACCAGAGUUAUACACUAUUACAAAAAUUUACAAACCAACUAUAACUUACGACCAAUAAUCUUCGGGUGUGAUUGUCCAACAGAAAGGGGGUAAUUAACAGGCCUCACAUCUGUACUGGGGUGAGACCGUGUGUUAACAAAAGAGGAAAUUCUCCUUGAUUCCUUUGUGCGUUAGUUAACUAAAAACAGUUCUAGUAAGCAUGGGUCCGAGUUAUUGCUUCAGUGUAUACUGUCUGACAGCGCAGUUUUUUUACCAAUUUCAUCAGAAACGUUAACAUGAUUAUGCCUUUUUAUGAAAAAACUUGAUCUGUUCGUUGCAACAAUUAAUAUUAAAUUGCUGUAGUGUUGGUUUUAGUGUUUUUUACCGAUUCUACAACAAGAGGAACUAAUGAAAUGACAUCCGAGUGGAAUUACAAGAACCAGAAUUCGAGUUAGCGGCCGCGGGUAAAUUUCAGGGAAAUUUUGAUGAAGGGAAAGGAAAUUUAGUUGGAGUUAUUCGAAUUAGCCGAGUAAAAAUGACUGAAAAGCGGGGAAUGGGACUUAAUUCGAGUUUAUCGGGGAGUUCGAGUUAAAAACAUGUCAGGUUCAUGUCUACUGUAGUGAUUCCCUUGACCGCUUGAUGAUGUCGAUGCCGCGCGCCAGUGUUUUGCUGUAAUUCUUUUAAUGCUUGUCGGUCCUUGCGUGACAGGUUGUGUUUUGGCUUUGUUAUUUGUAUCUCUGCCAGUUGUGAUUUAACCUCUCUCGAGGGCUUCUAAUAGUUGAACCGGUGGGUUCCAGUCCGAUUUAACGUAGAAAGGGUGAACUUCCCUAUUUCUCAACAACCGUAAGUCUCACAAAAUCUUGACGACAGAGUUGCAAGUGUCCUUUUGUACUCGUCAAAGUGCCGAAAUAAGAAUUCUGAACUUUCAUAUGAAGCUGAACUAAGCUGCCUUUCUAAGUCCUCGAUAAGUCUAGCAAGGGAGAAGAAAAACUCUGCAAUAUUUGGUAGCCAACUAACCACUACUUUGGAUCGAAGCCUCGUCUCGGUGAAGUGAAGACAUUGAUUGAUAACACAACUGGUCAGCGUUCUCUCUUUCUCGACUCAAGUUUUUUUUUUUCAACUCGACUCGCAUAUUUUUCGACUCAAAUUUCAAAAUUUCGACUCGUGUUUGAAGUCAUGACAUUUGCUUAGUAUUUUUUUUUGUUCCUGAACAUAUAUAUCAGUGCAAAUCUCGACUCAUAUUUUUUAUUGCAUUCGGUGUAUUUUACAAGUUUGACUUAAGUAUUAUGUUUUCAACAUGUUUUUACCAUCGGUAUAAUUUUGUCCGCAACGGAACGCCAUACUUAAGCAACAACGACGGCGACGGAUACGAAAACGUCACUUAAAAAGUGAAAUCGCGCUUCUUCCAUCUCGUCUAACUCGUCAAAUGUUGGCAAAUUUCUUCGGAGUUGAAUUCUAAAGGACUGUAUGAAAGUUCGAGAAAAAAAGUUGUCUUGUGUUCCCGUCCUCGAGAAAACGUGACUGAAUGAGGCACAUUCACGUUGUAGUCGUGCAACGACGGCUAAAAAACGUACAAAACUGAAAGAGUGAUGUGCAAAGUUGUUGUUUUGCUAAUAUAUAACAAUUAUUCACUAAAGUGGAGGUGGUGAGUGGUGGUAAAUAUCCCCCAAUGGCCGCCGACACUGAGGUAAAUAAUUGUUUUAGUAUAAACGAAAGCAAUGAGAUCAUUGAGCACAAAAUUAAAAUGAUGGGUUUUUUAAAAACUCAUUUACUGUUGCCAACGACAAAAUUUGGCACGCAAAUGUCAUGUUUUCUUGCCGACAAAUUAAACUUUUCUUGGCAUUUGUUUAGCUAUUAUAGCAAAAUUUCUAUAAAAGGAUUUAUGAAUUCUCUUUGUAUUUGAAACCAUUCUGUAAAGAACUAUUAAAUUUAGUUUUAAUAUUACUUAUGAAGAUGUCAGCUAAAUAAAAUAACGCAAGCUGCCAAACCGAAUUUCGUCAAUUUCCGGAGGGGCGCUUUAACGGAGGUUUUAUUAUGCGUUACGAGUUUGAGGGGCUUCUGGAGGGGCUUAUACAUGGUGCGUUUUUUCGGAAAUUUACCGUAUCCUUAUGACAUAGUUGUUCAAGCGUUCUUUUGCCCAGUUGUUUUAAACCCAGGCCGAGACACCAAACAAGAACUCAGCAAAAACUGGUCAGAAGAUUAUACUACAAAGCAGCUGCGGGACAGACCUCACCUUAGCUCAAAUAAUCGCGCCAUUAGGCGGAGACGUUAAUCGGUUGCCUUGUCUCCUUCCUUCCGGCAGGCGACAAAAAACAGAACACACACUGUAGCGUCCAAGACAAACCUUCUAAGGGCUUCGUCACGCGUUUCUUCCCCACAAGAAGAACGCUUGUCAAAACCCAAAGCAAGUCUGCGUGGGCGACUACGCACACUACUCUUUCAGCCUGAAAAGCAUCGGGCUCGCAAAGCCGGCGGUGACGCAAGUUGUGUGGUAUUCCCGCAAUAACAGUCUAUCUCCCAGACAUUUUGGCUUUACUACUUCUAUUUUCUCUCUCGUUGGAGCCAAUUCAUUGCUACCCUAAGAGAAAACGUGUUCUCUUCUCAUAGAAUCUAUGCUGCAGCAAUCCUUGCCGGAACAACGCCAAAUGUCUCCUUGGGUUUACUAACAAAAAGUAUCUUUGUGUAUGUACAUCGGGAUACACAGGAGAACACUGUGAAACAGGUAUAGUGGAGAAACUAAUUGUGACCGGUCAUAUUGCUGGUAAAAAUAUGCAAUGAAUAACAAAGCCAUUAAACACUCCACUGAAGGGGAAACAAAACAGGCUAAUCAGUUUGUAGGGUGGGAAUUUUAACAUUUAACUUCGCCUGUUGAGUCUUCUUCUAGUAAAUACAACAACGACAGCAAUGAUUUCCAAUAAAAUACAAAUUGCACGAAGGCGCAGGUCAAAACAAUAACAACUAGCUUCCAAGGUUAACUGGAAAAGCUUGAUGUUCCCCAGUAUAAAUUACCUUUUGUGUCCUUUUGAUUUGAUAAACUGAACGGCGUCAAGCAGCGGAGGCCAUGAUUGCCUCCAAACUGUAAUUUGUACAAAAACUCUUCCGGUAUUGAAAUUACGGGCCGCAUCAGCAAUGGUUCACAGGUAACGACCAAGUGUGCAAUCAACAACACGUUUACUUUGACGUAAAAAGUAUCGGGUUAACUUUUUUGCUCUUCAUGUCAUUUAGAUAUCGAUGAAUGCAGUAUCGGAAUCCAUGAUUGCCAUCAAAAUGCAAAAUGUGUAAAUACCGCUGGACAUUUUACUUGCAGCUGUCAAACAGGAUUCACAGGAAAUGGUCAUCUGUGUCAGGGUAAAAAAUACCUUUUAUUCCAUAAUCUGCACGUUUGCCUCCAUCUUGAAACUACUGGAUUUACUUUUUCCUUGUUUUCCUUUUGUUACUCGCCGAUCAGAUAUCGAUGAAUGCAGCAGCGGCAACCAUGAUUGCCAUCAAAAUGCAACUUGCGUAAAUACCGCUGGACACUAUGAUUGCAUCUGUAAACCGGGUCUCACUGGAGACGGGAGAAAUUGUUCAGGUGAAGCAAUAAUUUUUUUUCAUUUGUCAAACGACAACCGAGGGAGUCCCCCACUCCCCCACCAACCUCCUUCAUCCUCUCAAGAAAGCUUGAUGACAAGAACGAGGGACAUUCUUUUUUCCAAGAGGAGAGAUUCGCCUAGUGACCCUACGAUGGAAAGGCCGAAGAGACACUCUUCAUAGUACUAGUCUUUUCUUCAGAAAAAGUGGAGGGGGAGCUAACGCUUCCUCCCAAGACCCACGGCUCUACCGUUCUUUAGGGUAACCAACUGUUUACAUGAAGAGUGGGGGACCUCAGAUAGGUGUGAAAACUCGCUUUGGUGGGAUUCGCCCGCCUGACCAUAUAAUCUCGCAUAUGGUCACCCUACCCAUCAUGUAAACGUGAUCAAGUUGAAAUAAGAGAUUAUAUGGACAGGCGGGUUACCCCACUACAUUGAGUUGGUUGUAGUGAAUCCUUUAUUAACCCACAAUCAUUUAUUUUUCAUGCAAGACUGUUCACAAAAAUUUCUCUACUUUGAAAAAAUACAAGAUCUACCAACCAGAGGAGUGUAUGCUGUCGAAUACUUCACUAUCAAUGCAAAUCGGUUUCUCACCUUCGCCAACUACCAAAGUGAUAUCGAAGGCCAUACUACAGACUCUCAUCUACAAGCAGAACGAUUCAACUGGAAAUUUUUUCCUUUACCGGGCUAUAGGGUGGGAAUUUUAUCAUUUAACUUCGCCUAUAGUCUUCUGGUAAAGGCCACAACAAAAGUAAAUGAUUUCAAUAAAAUGCAACUUGCACGAAGCCGCAGCAGGUCAAAAACAAUUACAACUAGUUUCUCAGGUUAACUGGAAAAGCUGGAUGUGACCCAGUAUAAAUUAACUUUGGUACCCUUUUGAUUUUUUAUUUCAUAGACGGCGUCAAGCUGCGGUGGCCAUGAUUGCCACCAAACUGCAAUCUGCACAAAAAACAUUCGGACAUUUUAAUUCCAGGCCGUAUCAGCAACGGUUCACGGGAAACAACCACGUGUGCUCAAGUGUGCAAUAGUGAAUUAAAUUUCCUUUUAUUUUAUGAACAAAACGUUUACUUUGAUGUGAAAAGUAUCAGAUUAACUUUUUUUGCUCUUCACAUUAUUCAGAUAUCGAUGAAUGCAGCAUCGGAAGCCAUGAUUGCCAUCAAAAUGCAACUUGUGUAAAUACCGCUGGACAUUUUAAUUGCAGCUGUCAAACAGGAUUCACAGGAAAUGGUCAUCUGUGUCAGGGUAAAAAAUACCUUUUAUUCCAUAAUCUGCACGUUUGCCUCCAUCUUGAAACUACUGGAUUUACUUUUUCCUUGUUUUCCUUUUGUUACUCGCCGAUCAGAUAUCGAUGAAUGCAGCAGCGGCAGCCAUGAUUGCCAUCAAAAUGCAACUUGCGUUAAUACCGCUGGACACUAUGAUUGCAUCUGUAAACCGGGUCUCACUGGAAGCGGGAGAAAUUGUUCAGGUAAA